ACAAGACAUAACACGUACACCUCUCUCUAGUUGAAAAUUUCACAGUUCAACGAGUGAUUGAAAAAUUGAAGUGAAGAAAACUAGAAAAAAAUGGAAAGAAACAAUAUUUUUCGGGCCAGCUCUUCGAGUUAUAGCGAAUCGGAACACAGCACGGUUACAAAAAUCAUCAAAAACGGAACAUGGUCUUCUGGGACCACAUCGAAGAUUAGCUCCUCCAGCUCGUCCACACACAAAGCCAUAAGUAGCAUUAACUUUACCUCCGGUGUUUCCACCACAAAUCGGGUUUCUUUUGGAGUUAGCCCCGCUACCCAGAAGGGAGUGGAACCGCGCCCCAGUGGAUUCUUGAGUAAAACUACACCUAAGUUGGACACGGUCAGACCGAUUGCAUUUUCGUUGUCUUCUACUAGUAACCAACCAAAGUUCAACGAACCUAAACUAGAUAGGCAAACCAACAAUGUGAUGUCAAGACCGCCUCUCAUCUUUCCUGACAGUUACAAUCCAGUGUACGGUAGACUCAAACCAGAAACUCUACUCAACAGCGGUCUGAGACCAUCUCUCGAUAAAACUCAACCUUCUGGAUAUCAGCCUACGUACAGCACAAACAGAAACACAAACAUUGUUCAACCAAACUCAGUACAACCGUCUGUUAGUAGGGACCCUGUAUGCUCGACUCCAAAGAGAUACGAUCUGAGCAAAGGCAAAGGGUACGUGCUGAUCUUCAACCACAAAGAUUUUCAGGACAAGAAAGACGUUCGUGAUGGUAGUGAAAAGGAUCUGGAAUUAUUGAAGAAUUUUUUCAAGCUAUAUCAGGUCGAGACGCCGGAUACCUGUAUGAAUUAUUCGGUCAAUAAAGUGAAGAAAAAAAUGGCCGAAAUCGAGAAGAAGAACUUCAGCAAAAGCUCAUGUCUUAUUGUGAUAAUUAUGAGCCACGGAGAUCGAGGAGAGGUGAUCAAGGGCUUUGAUGGAAAUACCUACCAUAUAGAAGCUGAUAUUGUGGACCGUGUGCUUAAUAAUAAUACCUUGAAGGACAAACCGAAACUGUUCUUCAUUCAAGCAUGCAAAGGAAACGCUCACAUGGAAAUGGAUUAUAUUGUUUCUGCGCCUAAUAAGCAUGACAUAAUGAAGUGUUAUUCCACUUACGAAGGCACUGUUUCUUAUCGGGAUAAACAAGCGGGGACCUAUUUUAUACAGAAUCUUUUUAAGUUAAUACAAGAGAAUGAUGACAAAAAUUUGCAACAACUUAUGGUUUUACUGCGAAACAAGUUCCAAAACGACCGAAUUGCCCAAACACCCACCGAUACCUCGACUUUGAAUAAAGAUUUCUAUUUCGGAGAUAUGCGGAAAAAAUGAAACAAAUAGGAGUUCAUCAAUUCGCGUUGCCUUAUAUUUAUUUCUGUUCUCACAAUAUAGUUUACGUACUCAUUGAUAUUUGUUAUAAGAUUGAAUGUCGGCUCUAAUGUUGAAUUACUCUCUGUACUGUAUGUACUCUUAAGUAUGUUACUGGAAUUCUUCAGUUACAAUCCAGUACACACCUAAAAUACAAUAGUAUCAACAACAGAUGUGAAAUGUUCAGUUUCAAAUUUUGGUACGAUUACUCUAACACAUCAGUGUCUAGUGUCUAUUUUUUUUGUAAGAUUUGGACCUCUGCGACCAUUAUUUUGAUCCUUUGUGAUAGUGUGACUAUUUAUUAUAAGCUUUCUUUUUAAAUAAUAUUAUUAAGCCCUGGACUUGGUUAUUGAUUUUGGUAACAACACAAUAAAGUUUAAAGAAAGAUUGACUUUGGAUACAUUUUCAAAAACCAGUAUCAGAUAUUAAGAGUUUUCGGGGUCGCUGAUUGAGAAUCUGAAGCCACACUUGUACAAUUCAAAAAACACAUCGUGUCUACAUGGUAAUCUGGUCAACGAACGUUAAUUUAUCAAUUGUUUCUAAAAAUAAAAACAAGUCUACAGAAUCAA